UAGUACAACAAAAUAUUUCACAAAGAUCAUGGUUGGUAUGUUUUCGAUGGCUUUAGUGAGAAAUGUGUACCUCUGGUAAUAUCAAAAUAUAAAAUAUUUAAUCACAACUUCUCAAAUCACGUUUUGAUAGAUCAUUUGGGGCGGUGUUAACUGUGUAGGCUGGAUUAAUAAUAUAAAAGAUUAUCCAAAUAAUAAAAAAUAUUGUUUACAUAAUCACAUUAAUAAUAAUGGUCUCCUGAAAAUGGAGAAUUUCUGACUAAAUUGGCUAUAAUUCCUCUUAAAUGAAAGCUCAUGUCAAAUCCAGUGUGGUAGUUUGCAUUAAAAAAAAAAAUCAUGAAACUCACAUGAAGAUUGCAUUUAAGGAUGUGUUGUUUCCUCACACCUGGUGCUUUCUAAAAAAGCCAGGCUGAGUUCUGACCACUGACCUGUGGUGGGUGCCACCGUGUUUCCGAUCCAUCCAUAAUGAGUGGAUGGAUCAUCUGUGGGAGGUGACUGUGGAACCCCGAAUGACAUCUGCAGCCUAUAUAAAGCGAUCACCACAUUGUAUGUCCACUUUCAGAGCUCCUCUCUGGCUUCAUGUCCACCAGACAGUGCUGCACUUCAUUAAAGGCUGCCCAAGGAGAUCGGAGGAUGAUCCUUCUCAUGUGGUGCAUGCUCAUCCCCAUCGUCUUUUCUACCUGUAUGGAGGUUUUGCUGGAUAAAAGCAGUCACCUAACGAGAUGGCGUUCGUAUGAGAUGGAAAAAGAGCAAAACACAAUCGAGAACUACAAGAGACAUUCCGAAGGAACCUUCACCAAUGACCUGACUGGCCACCUGGAUAAAAUGAAGGCUAAAGACUUUGUGGCGUGGCUGACCACCACGAAGCGAGAAGGAUGUCCCGGAAAGUUUCUCCAAAUCACAGCAGAAGCGUGAGAGCAUGUUUCAUGAUGUAUGAAGGAAUAUUCACAUGAAGUCAUGUAUUUUUCCAUUAAUAUUCUAAGUGAUAGCAAUAGUAGUAGUAG